GAGUCGCGGGUGCGCGGGUGUCGGGAGCUGGAGCGCGAGCCCAGCGGAGCGGCCGCUCUCAUUGGCGCGCCGGGACAAAGUGGCCGGAGCGGAGCGGGGCGGUAGCGGGGCGCCGCGUGCCGCCUGCCGCGCGCGGGGCGAUCGGCUCGCGGGGGCGGCCCGGGGGCGCGCGGCCCGCGGCGGGCGGGAGACGGCGGCGGCGGCGGCGGCGCGGGCGGGGAAGGCAGCGCGGCCGGGAAGAUGAACCGGAGUUUCAACAAAUCUCAGACUCUGCGGUAUCUGGAGUGCAGCGCGGUGGAAGUGAAGAGUAAGUUUGGGGCAGAGUUCAGAAGGUUCUCUCUGGAUCGCUACAAGCCAGGAAAGUUUGAAGACUUCUACAAACUAAUUCUUCACAUUCAUCAUAUAGCCAACCUGGAAGUGAUGAUUGGAUAUGCUGAUGUGCAUGGAGACCUUCUCCCAAUUAAUAACGAUGACAACUUCUUCAAGGCUGUUUCAAGUGCUCAUCCACUGCUCAGGGUUUUUAUACAAAGACAAGAUGAAGUGGACUACAGUAAUUUUGGGACCAACACACUAUCGAGGAAGAAGAAGGCUCUGGUGACACUCCGCAAUGACAACCUCCGCCGGCGUCCUCACAUUAAUAUUAGUAUGCCUCAUGAUUUUAGACCAGUGUCUUCCAUAAUUGAUGUGGACAUUCUUCCCGAAACACACAGGAGAGUGAGGCUGUAUCGACAUGGGUGUGAGAAACCCUUAGGAUUUUACAUUCGCGAUGGCACCAGUGUAAGGGUUACUCCUCAUGGACUAGAAAAAGUACCUGGUAUCUUUAUCUCUCGUAUGGUUCCUGGAGGCUUAGCAGAGAGCACGGGCUUGCUGGCUGUGAAUGAUGAAGUCCUGGAAGUUAAUGGCAUUGAAGUAGCAGGAAAGACUCUCGACCAAGUCACAGACAUGAUGAUUGCCAACAGCCAUAAUCUUAUUAUCACGGUCAAGCCAGCAAACCAGAGGAACAAUAUUAUUCGAAGUAGUAGGAUGUCUGGUAGCUCAGGCCAGUCUACAGACAGCACUGCGAGUCACCACAGCUUGCCUACAUCCCACAUGCUGCAGAACUUCCACCCUGAUGAAAUGGAGAGUGAUGAAGAGGCUGACAUUGUUAUCGAGGGUGGUCUGGAGCCACAGCACAUUCCUAAACUGCACAGCCUUACUUCCAGUAGCCUCUCUCGAAUCAAUGGCAGCAGCCUUAGCCACAGACUUCAAAGGGACCUGGUGCUCAACAACAACUCUGGUCGAGAAAGCAAUGGCAACAUUCACAAAUUACUCAGUUCCUUAAAAACUGAUCCCCGACACAGUCUGGUUAUCCCCAGAGGAGGUAUCGAGGAGGAUGGAACAGUCAUUACACUUUAGUAUCAAUUCCUGCAACUCUCCUUUCAGUCUUAAGUGCCAAUUAGGACAAUUGACCUGCAACGUGUUAUGCACAAAGCAGAGAGCUGAUAUUCCCAUAGACCUCACGGGUGCAGAAGAUUGUUGCUUUCUAGGAAACGUGGCAUCUGGAGUUAGGCAUAAAACUGUCACGCACUGCAACAUCUGUCAGGAGAAAGUCAGAGUGUAAAACCUGGUUUAUUUCCCAGCCCUUGAGUGAGAACACAAAUUUAUUCUAGUUGGUAUAAAUCUAAGCAGUCUUAUAGGCUACCAGAGGCAGUGCUACAUACUUGGGUUUGAAUGCAUGGGUGGAUGUAUUUAUACAUGCAUGUAUAUGAAUUAGAUUUUAAUAGCAACAGACAUGUCUAUCUUAAGUGGAAUCUGGUUUUCUUCUAACAACCGGUUUAAAGAGAAUAGCAAUCCAAUCUUAUACCAUUACAUACAGACCUUCCACUAACUUGUUUACACCAUAUUUGCAACCUUAUGUCUAGUCCAGACAAGCUCUAUAAAACUAGUGGCUUCCUACUGUGGUGGUAACAACGUUAGGGAGAUGCUGCAAGUACAUUUUCCAAAUGAAACUCUAUAUACAAGUGUUUUUAAAAGCCUAAGGGGGUGGCGUGGGAGGAUGUUGCUCUUAUUGCUGUGAGAUCAGCGCCAGCUGCUGGUCAGAGGCAGGCCUGCCUGCAGCACAGGGGAACCUGACAAGGGCUUAAAACUCGGUUCAGCACCAUUAUGUGUAAAUGUAUUUUUUUUUCCGAUAUUUAUUAGAUAAUACACAUGGUUCACGUGAAUUUUAGAGAUGCAAGCGAGGAGGCAGAAAAACCAGAGGAGUGUGCUAGGACUGUCCCUUUCACCUCAGAGCUGACCCAAGUCCUUGCUGUAACUUUGGGGCAAUCUAAAUCCACAAGGUCUUCCCUUGCAAAAGCUUGGCUGAUUGCUAUACAGAGGAGGGAUGCUGACUGACUGACAAACCUAACUUAGAACAGCUCUGUUAUUUUUGGACUCUUCUAGUAAUAAAGCUUAAUGUCUGCACAGGAUUUCUAAGAACUUAAAAUAUACUGGACGUUUGCGAUGGUCAGGCAUCUUUACUGGAUGGUGGCUAGUGAGUAGAUAAUAGUCUGCUUCUGAAAAUGCCACAAAUUUAUGGAAGUGGUCUAAUCUAAAAUAUUUUGUUAUAUCGUGAUCAGUGUAAGGAACAAAAUAUGAAUGUUUUACAGUGUAUUUUUCUACUUUUAGCUUGUGUCAUUUGCUUUUUGUUUUUAACUUUGUAGUACAUUAAAGCUUUUUUAUAUGGUGGAAUAGACAUUUCUUAAAUAUUGUAUGAAUAUGAAAAUUCAGAAGUCUUUGAAAAAAUUACAUUCCAUUUUGGAAUCGGCAAUGGCUGGACAAAGGAUGUGCAGACUAAUUCAUUGUCGCUAAUUUAGAAUACCUGUGGAACAGCCAGUCUUUUGCUCAUUGUUAAAUAUGUUUGGGACAUUGAACUUAGUUUCUUUCUUUUAGAUUUGCUUUAGAAGUUUAUUUUAAAGUUCUUUCACUUACUCUUAAUUAAACCUCUUCUAGGUAUCACAGCAGUUACAGAGCUGUACUUAUUUUUCCCUGCACAGUAAGGAUAGAACAUUGAUCCUGUUCAUCUUAAAACUGUGUUUGUACUUUACCAAAGGUUUUCUUUUUUAAAAAAAAAUCUGAUUAUUGGUGCAGUAAACAAAAUUAAUAGCUAAAUGUGCUUCAGUCAAUCAGACAGUCUUAUCAGAAAAAUUUUGUUAUAUCUUAAAUAAGACUACUUUUACGAAUAAGUGGAUUUGUCAGGCUGAAGUUACUCAUUUUACCUAUUUAAUGGAUGAAAAUGUGACCCAUCUGCAAUAAAACGUGCACUGUCUUAC